AUGCCGUCGUCCGCGUCUUCUUCGUUCUUCCACAUUGUGCCGCUCGACCGCGGCGCGACAGGCAGCCACGCCAUGGACGCCUGCUACCUCUGCGGGAAGCCUCUCUCCACAAACUUUGACAUCUUCAUGUACAGAGGUGACACGCCCUUCUGCAGCGAGGAGUGCAGGAGUGUGCAGAUGGACAUGGACGAGGCGCGUCAGAGGAUUAAGACCAACAUUCUGAAGGAGCGUGCUGCGAGAAACGAGCAGCGCCGGGGGCCGCCUGCUUCCGAGCCCAACGUCAACUGCGCGGCAAAUGUGCCCGUUGCAAGCUAA